AUGCAGGGAGGGCUCAUUCAAGCCACUAUGAGGAAGGAUUUGAUGAAAACUUACAAGGAUCAAAUUGUGGAAGGAAAUAUACACACAAUUAACAACUUUGAAGUGGCUAGAAACAACAAGCUUCAUUGCCCGGUAAAAAAUGACAUGCUUAUCAGAUUCACCCCUUUUACAACUGUUUUUCAAGAACAAGAAAAUGCAGCAACAAUCCCGAUGAACAACUUCCAGAUACAUCCAUUAGAUCGUUUGCAAGAGAGGAACAACAAAAGUGACUACGCCAUAGAUGUAGUUGGCUUGCUAAUUGGAGUUGAGGAGAAAACCUGGGUCAAUGUUGGAUUACAAAGAACCCCAAUACGAAGGAUUCAAAUUGAAGAUCAAUGCAACACCAAGGUUGUGGUUACUUUGUGGGGAGCAAAAGCUGACUUGAUAGACACUCACAUAACACAGGAUUAA